AUGACGCUUCAAGACUACCAUCGGCAAAAUCUUCUUAGUGGUGCUCAUCUGGAAGAGGACGAUAGCUCCGAUGCUCCGAAGACCUACGCUCAGGAACAAGAGGAGUUGAAAAAUGCUAUUGUUAAAGAGAUGCACGCCGCCGCUGAUCAGGACGACUUGGACGUUGACGAGGAUAAGGAUGAGGAUGGAGGAUUUCUAAUUCCGAAAUCGACUACCAAGUCAGCCUCGGAACCGAAGGAGGAAAUCAAGCUGGACGUUGAGAAUGCGGACAAGGACCCUGAGACUUUCCUUUCGAACUUUCUGUCUUCCAGGGCAUGGAUUCCAGCUGGUAGAUCUGAGCUGCAGCCCUUCGAGUCUGACGAUGAGGAGGAGGAGGAGCGGGCGGAAGUCUUUGAGGAGGCAUACAACUUCCGCUUUGAAGACCCUAGCAAGCUGAACGCGACCCUGUUGACCCACGCUCGUGAUAAGACCAACCAACAGUCUGUUCGCAGAGAGGAAAAGAGCGCCAGAAAGAAGCAGCGUGAGGCUGAGCGCAUGCGGAAGGAGAAAGAAAAGAAGCAACGGGAAUCUGAAAAGAAUCGUCUUCGCAAAUUGAAGAUGGAAGAACUUCAGGAGAGGGUCAAUAGGAUCAAGGAAGUCGCUGGCUUCCGCGCAUCUCAGUUCACCGAUGAGGACUGGGCUCAAUUCCUGGAUGAUGCUUGGGACGAUGACAAGUGGGAAAAGGAGAUGCAGAAACGCUUUGGCGAGGACUACUACGCCGAGGAAGACGUCGCUGGUAGUGAUGGCGAGGGCAAGGGCAAGAAGAAGCGUCCAAAGAAGCCUACAUGGGAUGAUGAUAUUGAUAUCAAAGAUCUGGUGCCCGAUUUUGAUGAGGAGGAACCCAAGCCGGCAUUGGAGGAUUCCGAUGUCGAGAUGGAGGAUGGAGGUGCCGAGGAUGAUGCUGAAGACACGAACAAGAAGAGUAAAGCUCAAGAGAGGCGGGAUCAGAAGCGGGAAGCCCGCAAGGAGCGGCUUCGCAUUGAGGAGGCAAUCGAUCGCAACCUGGAUCUCGACAUUGCUCUUCUACCUGGCGCCACCAAGAAGAACACGACUCGCUUCCGCUACCGCGAAACCUCGCCUCAAAGCUUCGGAUUGACUGCGCGGGACAUCCUGAUGGCUGAUGAUGCACAGCUGAAUCAGUUUGCGGGUCUGAAGAAGCUCGCUUCCUUCCGUGACCCCGAGAAGAAACGCAAGGACCAGAAGAAACUCGGCAAGAAGGCUCGUCUGAGGCAAUGGCGCAAGGAGACCUUUGGCAAUGAGGAGGGUCCUGUCUUCAGCUUCGGCAAUGAAAAGCCUGCGGGUAACGCGGAGCAAGCAGACGAUGGAGACAAAGUCGAUAUUCGGGAAGGGGAGCCUAGGAGGAUGAAGAGAAAGAGGUCCAAGAAGCAUUGA